UUUUUUUUUUCCUGGAUAUUUUUAUAGCGGUUCGGAACUUUGAUUGCGUGAAAGCCUUUAAUAAGGUACUCGCACUUUCGAAAAUUCAUUUUUUUUCGUACAUUUUUUUUGCUAACUCACUUGAUGUUAUUUUCUACUAGAAUGUAACUCAGGUCUAAAUUUUUUUUCUCUACGUUUUUUUUUCGUUGCUUCUCCGGAAGUGUUAAUAAAGAAAUUUCUGACAUUAUCCAGAGUAGUUUAUUAUCUUUGAAAUUCACUUUUCAGCUAAACGUCGUUUUCGUCACGUCAAUUAAAAUUUCUCCAGUCAAUGUGAGACAUUUUUAGGUUCUAGGCAGUACCUAACAGCAACAGAGAUGCUGUCGGUGACCAUAAACGGGAUCCUGAAUUAUGGUUGGGUACAUAUUUGUCUGAUUUGCAUGUUCUUGGAAAAAGCCGAUGUCUAAUACUUGUUUUUAUGUUUUUUAAAUAACUUCUCAUCGAACAUUUUUCUUAGUGGAAUGUUUGUCCUUGGUGACCUCAGCAUGCUGUCGAGGGAUUUCUAAUUCUUCCUUGGUUUCGGUGACGGGAGAAAAAACAUAAGAAUUGUAAAAAGGCGGUUGCCUUUAAGCUUCUUCUUUUGUUAUUCUCUGGAAAAUCAGGUAUUAUUUCCUAGAUGACCCUUAGGAAUAUUAAUUCAUGUUUCUGAUCGAGUUCUUAGUUGAAAAAUCCUUGAGACUUCAGUGAGUAUGCUUUGAUUAAAAUGUAAGGUUCUAUCCAUUUUAACCUUCUUUCUCUGUUUUCCUAAUAUCAGCUUUACCACUUCCUCGAUAAAGUUGUGAUAUCGGAAAUGGUAAUGUAGGGCAACUUUUCUCAGUUUUAAACAGUGGCGUUUUUUAUUUACUUGUUUAGGGAAAUUCUGAAAGGAUGCAUUUUUAAUGUAACGUUAUGAAAAUGAAUUUCACAAUGUUUUUCCUGUUUUCUGUUCUCUUUUUCAGCUUACUUCAAUUCGCCGAUUCAUCUAAAAAUAGUCUAGUAAAUCAAAAUUGUGGUUCGAAAAAAAAAGCUGCUGAGUGUACGACGCUUACUUGUCCGUCAUCACGUUGCCAAAAACGUCUUUGUAUCGUUUCGGGAGGCGUCGACCAGGUUACGGCCAUCGCUGUUCCUAUAUGUGUCCUGCUUCUGUUGGUUGCAGCCGUCUUCGUCACAAUAAAAUGCGUUCGAUCGCGACAGAGGAAUAACCGAGAUAGUCUUAAAUCAGAGAAUCUCUCGGUACCGAAUAAGUAUUCUUUUAGUCGUCGAGGUGUUCCAGGACCACCAAAAACAAUGCCUCCCUUUCCAUCAAUGCAUGGCUACGUAGAACAAAACGAGUACGACUAUUGCGAAAUAGAUAACCUUCGAGGCGAAGACAAUCCAAUGAAAGUUACGGCUAGAGGUGAAGUCUCGACAGACGGUGAUUACUUGACUCCAAACCCACCUUUGGGCAAACCUAACUUUCCACCUCCUCAUGUUCCCGAAUCCCCACCUAAACAACUUUACGCGAAAUAACUCUUGCAACACUUAAUAGUUGAAUUAUAUAUUGAUAACAUUGCUGAAAUGCAAUUGUCUUUGUCAAACGGUACUGUUUAGCCAACUUUUGAAAUUUCACUAAUAUUUUAAUCUUGUCGUUUUUGCUUGUUUAAUUUGAUUCUCAAAGUAAUUUAUCGACACCGGAAAACCGGUUUCCUUCACCACAUGUUCGGGUUCGGGUUCGCUGUGGAUAUCAGAUAAUAAUAAAAUUUCACGCUAUAAUGUUUGAUUAUUGCUUCGAGGUAUUUUUAAAAAUCUACCUAGAAACAGGCAUAUGCGCCUAUUCCGAAUGAACUACGUGUUAUAAUUCGCAAUAUGGUCGCCGUCAUUCAUCUAAAGGAAAAUACUGAAAGGUUCCAUUUUUUUGCGAGUUAGGAAGAUGAAUUUCACCACGUUUUCCCUAUUUUUCGUUUCCUUUGUCAGCUUCCUUCAAUUUGCCGACUGUCAAUUUCAAACCUGUGGUCCCCAAAAUAAAGUUGGUAAUUGUGCGACGCUUAACUGUUCGUUGAAUUGCCUAAAACGUACCUGUACCCAAGAAAUUAAAAAAGGACACGAUACCGCCACGUUGACUGUGGCUAUCACUGUUCCAAUAAUUGUCUUGCUUCUGUUGGUUGUAACCGUCUUCGUAACUAAAAAAUGGAUUCGGUCAUCACAGAGACGUGACAGAGGUAGUCUUAAAUCAGAGAAUCCCUCUGUAAGUAAUCAAUAUAUUUUCGGUCGCCGACAAUCCCCACAAGUUCCAGGACCACCGAAAACAAUGCCUCCAUUUCCUCCAUUUCCAACGGACGAUGACAACGUAUACGAAGACAUGUACAUGUACGAAUAUUGCGACACAGGGAACCUUCGAGGCAAAGACAAUCCAAUGAAAGUUACUCCUGAAGGUGAAGUCUCGACAGGCGGUGAUUACGAGACUCCAAACCCGCCUUUGGGCAAACCUAACUUUCCACCUCCUCACGUUCCCGAUUCUCCCACCUAAACAACUUCACGUGAAAUAACUCUUGCAAAUAAAAAUAGUUGGAUUAUGUUUUGUUAACAUUUUCGAAUGUUGAAAUGCAAUUGUCAUUGUCAAACGUUAUAGUUGUCAAUUCAAAAAGUUGAUCUAGUGUUAGCCAACGUUUCAAAUUUCUCAAAUGUUUAAAUCUGUUCGUUAAUGCUUGCUUUUGUUUCUUUAAGUUAUCGAGACCGGAAAACCGGUUUCCUUCACCACAUGUCCGGGUCUGCUUUCGAUUACAGAUAAUAAUAUAACUUCACGCUACAAAUGUUAAUGCUUGGAUUACUGCUUGAAACAUUUCUUUGUUUUUUUUAAAUUCUACUUUGAACCGGUCGGACAUAUUCUCAAUGAAGUAACAUGUUAUUAUCGGAAAGGUUUGUCGUGUUGACGAUUUUCGGUGCUCAUCUGCUGGGAUCCAUUCCACUCUGCGAAUGCCAAAAGUGUGGCUCAGGUGAACCGAAAUGCCCCAACAACUUAUGCUGUUCGAAAUAUGGAUAUUGUGGUGAAACAGGCGAACAUUGUAUUUCAGGUUGUCAGCCGCAAUACGGCCACUGCCAUCCAUCUAGCGUGAACGCAUCGACUGAAGCUUCUAGUAGAGAUACAGAUCAAGACUGUGGUCCCAAAGUUAAGAGAAGUUGCCCGAACCAAUUGUGCUGUUCAACUUUAGGAUAUUGCGGUGACGAAGAAGGUCAUUGUAUUACAUUUUGUAAUUCGCAUUACGGUCACUGUCAUCCAUUUAGAGUGAACGCAUCCAUUGGAUUUCCUAGUAAAGGUAAUCUCUGUGGUGUGGAAAAUGACAACAGGUACUGCCCGGACAAAUUGUGUUGUUCAAAACACGGGUUUUGCGGAAGCGACAUAGAAAACAACAUAAACUUACAUUGCGACGAUGGCUGUCAACGUUAUUUUGGCCACUGUAAUGAAAUCGCUAAUUGCAGCCUGCCGUCACCCAAUUACAACAUCUUUCCGCAGAUACCCAUUAAACAGCGUACGCUGUCGAGUGGGGAAAAAAAUUUCUGGUAUUUAUUUUGCAAACCGGGGUCGAUCCUGAAGACAAUCUCACAACCUCAACCAAUUACCUGUAAUCAGGACGACGGCACUUGGCCGGAUAAUCUUCUUCCAGAGUGUGAUGAAAACGUCGUUUACAAAUCUAUGGAAACUUUAAGUGAAAUUGUCGAUGGGAACCUUCUCACUUGUCGUCUUUUCCCAAAGGAAAUUGUUCACAAAAUUCCAAUCGAAAGUACCCACAGUAAGAUACAAGACAUCCGCAUAACAACGCACAAAACUAGUUUAUAUGUGUUUAACGUGUCAGUAGUGGAUAUCGAUAAAACUUGGAAUAAUGAAACGACUCACUGGGAGAAAACAUUCAACGAUACUAUUGAGUAUGGCAAAGCGGUCAUCUUCUUGUCUAAUCUGACGAUCAAUUUGAUCACUGGUUCCAAAAGAUUCAUCCGGCUCAAACCGCUAGUUGAUUUGAGCAUAUGCGAAGUAGAAGUCUCCUCUUUCCCUUCCGGACAGGACGAAAGUUACAUCAAAUGGAUUGCCAUCGCCACGAGCUCAGUCAUUUUCUUCCUUUUAGUGAUCCUGAUUCUUGUCGUUGUAUGCUUCCAAUAUCAUUUUAAGAAUAAAAACUCGAGCAUAGAUAAGGAACAUCACUCUAUAAAUUCAAAAAAUGAGUAUUCGCUCACUGAUCACCAAAGAGCUCCCCGUCCGCCAGGUUUAGGAUUCAGCAAUCCAGGACACUCUUCUUUCAAUGGCAGCGAAGAUCAUGCCGAUUACUAUGAAGAGAUCAAUUACCCCUUUGUCUACCCUCUACCACAAUUGAAUAGUAACAGCGCUAGUGAUUUGCUGGGUCAAGGCGUUUACGAUGAAGCAGUCAGUUUGGGCAAAGUUCUGAACAAACCACGGUUUGCUCCUCCUUCUGUUCCUCAGUUUCCGACUAAUUAUUAAAAGAAAACUUGAUGUUUUAUUUGAUUAGACGUACAGUUAAUGUCUCAUUCAGCAAUUGGUACAAACCAGUGUAAUCUCUAUGUUUUAAUUAAAUUACAAGGUUAACGAACAAGAACCCAACUAAUCCUGAAAAUAGUUUUUGCGGUAUUUGUUCGUGGUUCAAACGGAAGUGGUUAAAAAUGAACAUUCAGGAAAGCUUUACUGAAACGACGACGAAUCUACGCCAUACCAUUUUUGUGUGUUUUACUUUAGUGACCGCCUUCAAAGUCCCAUACCAAAAUGCGACGGAUCAAUUGUUUACUCAUUUUCUUUAUCGCUGACAUUUUUUCAACGUCGCAAACAUCCGAAACACAUGGAACAACAAUCGUGAAUCAACAAAUCAAAUUGCUAAAAGCAAGAAUGGUUCGUCUCCGUAAUUUGAAAGAUCGGAUGAGUCAAAGCACUUUGUUUCGUAUCUGGGAAGGAACUUGUCCGUUGGAAUUUGACAGCCAAUUCGAAUGCAAGAUCGUCACGGAACUUCAUGGUUGCAUUUGCUGGAGUUCAAAGAAGGAGAAAGUGAACUGGUUUACAGCUGAUGCCUUUUGCGAUUAUCACGGCAUGCAUUUAAUAUCUUUUCCAUUUGGAAAUCUUGAUGAAUAUCAGACAGUUAAAACACUUAUGACUGCUGGCAUUUGGACGUCAGCAAAUGACUUUAUUACUCGGCGGGUCUGGAUUUUCCGUAAUGGAUCCAUUUUGAGCCUAGAAAAAGCCUCUAAGCGAUCGUUUCAAAUUAAUGGACUUGAUGAAUUGACUUUAAGUGGAUUGCCUCCCCUUAACGAAAACACGACCUCUAGUUGGACACAACCCACAACUUGCAUCAGCUCCAGUUUAAACAAUAACACACUCACAUAUUAUCCGGAAUCCUGCUUGGAAAAGAAACAAUUCAUUUGUCAACACUUCAUAAAUAUUUCAUAAUAAUUUCUUAUUUUCUAAACUUUAACACAUGUAGCGAUGAUGCACACGGAAGUGGUUUUCUGCAACAAACAAAUAAACCACCGAAUUUGAACGCGGUUAAUUUUGGUGCUUGAAAUUCCUGUAGAUAAUAUUUAUCCGAUAGGUUGCGGUAAAUUGAAAUCUCAAAGUGACAAAGGAUUUCCUAUUUUUAUUUAAAAAGCUCACCUAAAGUGGAGUAAGUAACUAUAAUUUAUCACUCCGCUGUGUCCACAGUUUUACCGCUGCCAUGAUGCCCAUGAAAAUCCUUGUGAACUUUGCGUCGGUUUUUGUAUUUUGUAUUGAGUUAACGGUAGUUAACUUGAUCGCUGCACAGAAUACAUUAAAUCCGUUAUUGGAUGUGGACGAUACACUUGAAGUGAAAAAAGACGUCAUCUUUCAGGAUCGAUUAGUUGAGCGAUUAAGUUCCCUGGUUCAGUCUGUAGAACAAAAUAUCUUGACGAUGCUCUCAGAGAUGCAAAAUCCACCAUUUGUCCAACUGCUAAAAGGAAUCUGUCCCAAAAUGCUAAUGCAAGAACCUGCCAAUGACGGAUUGAAAUUCCGUUGUCAUGCGUCUGGAAUAAACGAAUGCCUUUGUUUCAGCCACAAAAAGGCGACUUGGUACAAAGCCGAAGCAUUUUGCCGUCAAUUUCGGAUGACUCUGGCAGAUGUACCGACGAACAAUGUAGAAUGGAUUAAACACAAAGUCAACAAUCCAUCUGCCGUCGAUGGAAAAGGCGAAUGGUACUGGACUAGCGCGACGGAUCGUUUCGUCCGCGGUCAGAUGAUUUGGAUGAAUACUGGCCAGCUAUAUCAAAAUUCUAAUAGCAGCAGCGACGCAAGUGAAUUCGAGUCUUGCCUGAAAUUCUCCAGUAAAGGAGAUUUUUUAUCAGAAUCCUGUUUCGAGGAGAACCAUUUUCUUUGUCAAAAGUUUCUUGAUUUUUUCCCGCUUAAUAGCCGCAAUUUAUCAAAGACUUGACUUGAACCCUGAUGUUCUGUGUUUUAUAAAACAGCAAUUAUUACACGACCAUGCGUUUGCAAUUUGAACGAGCUCUAAUACAAUGUGCAUUGGAUCUUGUUUCGUUCGGGAAAAACAAAACAAAGCAAAGGCUAAUUUUUAAAAUCUCGACAGGAAAUUAAAUUGUGGUUAACCUCACUUCCUGUAAUCAAGAAUAAGUGUGGAAUGGUUCCAUUUGUUUGUUUUUUCAAGUCACUUGAGAAAAUCCCGUCGCUCAAGAAUGAUUACAACCAACGACUGUUUCUACUUUUUGAGUUUCUCGUUCAUAAUCGUUUUCUGGAUGGCCAGUUUGUGCGUGAUAGUACCAAUUACAUCUGUUAGUGCUGAAUCCACGAGCUUUUUACAAGAAAUUGAAAGUCUCGAGGAUGAAUAUUUUGCACUGAUUGAAACGAUUUCAAAGGAGGAUGACAUUAACGAUGUCCUGAUUAAAGGAACUUGCCCAAAACAUUUCACGGCCAAAAAAUUUCGUUGUUUGAAAACAAACGGUGAAUGCUACUGCAUCGUCUCUGAAGAUAAAAACUGGUGGAGUGCUCUCCAUUAUUGCCGGCAGUACGGCAUGGAAUUGCUGUCGCUUGAGACGAAAGAAGAAGAAAACAAUUUAGCCAAACAACUCAAAGCAGAGAAAAAAAACGUUAAAAAACAAUUAUACUUGACAUCCGGUAAUCGUCUUUACGGCAAUCGAUCAACUUUGAUGUGGGCUGGUACAGGCGAUAUUCUCACGAGAGAAAUUAAUUGGCAAGUGGGAGAACCAUCACGUGUACAUGGAAGUACACAAGAAGAAUGUCUAAUUUGGGUUUUAACGUUUAAUGAAACCCUCCUUAUUCAUGAAUGGAAUGACUUGAGUUGUACCGAUCGUCGUUACUCGUUCAUCUGUGAAUCUAAAUCUCUACGACAUAGUGCUGAUAUUUUUAAAACAAAUAAUUAGAUAAUUAGAUUAUAAGCAUUUUACCGUUGACUAUCAAAUCACAUUACUACUCUUGUGUUGUAAACGACAAAUACGUCUAGAUUGGUAGUGAACUACUUAUGGUUGAAAUGAACAUCUUCACCCCAUUUCCAAUAAGCUUGGGCAUGAGAUAAAACCUGAACGAGGAAACUCGAUUUUUAAAAAUUUCAAACUCUUGGCGCGACUAAAAUCUAAACUUGGUUAGUUAAUCAUAGAUGUCGCUGAUCAAGUCGAGGCCAUCUGGUGGACGUUUGGCUCAACACGAGUAGUAAACCCGUGCUGCCGAAAGCGUUGUCACGAAUGUUAAGUGUUGCGUUUUGUUGGAUUCUCACGUUUUGACGGCGACUUUAAUUGGAUUCACUUAUUACACUAUUUGUGUUGAGUGUUUCAGUGUUGCUUGUGACAGUUGGUGAAGAAGAAGAGAACGAUCAUGUUCUUUAUUUCCGCAACUCAGUGCUUGUAAUGCAAAAUAAUAUUAAGGCACACAGCUGGGCAAAUCUCGUGCGUACCUUACACUAAAUAAAAGAAAGGUGUUGAGGCCGUCUACGAAGAAAAAUUUGCAAAAAAAAAAAAAAAAAAAUAUU